GUGAGCUAUGGGGUCAUGGCUAUACUCCAUAUGCAGCAACAAGAUGGCCACGCCGCCCCUCCUCCUCCAUCACCGGCGGUUGCGCCGCUCUUAACACAGACAUCGUGGUCUCCCGACGCCUACCGCGACGAGGCGUGGCUGAGGCGGAAGGGAAACCACGACAGCCGCAGACGGCGGAGUAUUGACCUAGGGUUCGGGUUCGCAUCGCCGGAGAUCGAUCAACGGUUGUCCGAUACUUUGCCUGCUUUAGGGCUCUAUUACACUGUUCAUAAGCAGUUUCAUGAGAAUUCGAAGUCCUCCACGACGGCGUCCGAGUGUGACUCGCCGUCGUCUUCUGUUGGUAACCACUCCAUAUUCGAUCCCGGUGAUAAUCCUCAGACGGUGAAGACAAGGUUGCGACAAUGGGCCCAAGUGGUGGCUUGUUCGGUGCGUCAAUCUUCUAGCUGAUCCAGAUCAUCUCAUCAAUGGCUUCAAUCAAAGCAAUCCAACCAUGGUUUAUUUAUUAAAC